GUUUUAGAAUGAUCAAACGAUGCCCAUAACGUGCUCGAUUUGCCAGAAAGUAUGUGCAAAUCAACGUGGACUAAAUAUACAUAUUUCAAGAAAACACAGGCAGGAUGGAAUCACUGAUCAUGGAGGGAAAGCCGACAAAGGUACCACUGUCCAAGGCUAUUGUUCUGGAAUUACCGAAAAUCACGAGUCCAAUUUCAAUGAAGAAAUUUAUGACACACAUCGCCAAAGACCAUCAACUAUACAUCACCAAGGACCACAUAUUAUAGAAGGAAAUGAUGACAAACAUCGCCAAAGACCAUCAACUUUUGAUAGCAAGCAUCGCCGAGGACCAUCAACGAUAGAAGAAAAUGAAGAGAAAUAUCGCCGAAGAACAUCAACUUUAGAAGAAAAUGAUGAAAAACAUCGUACUGAGAAAGCAACUCCUGCAACGUGCGGAAUUUGUCAGAGGGAAUUUAAAAAUGAACGCGGACUAAGCGUACAUAUGUCAAGAAAGCACAAGCAGGGAGAUAGGCAUGACCAUAAAGAACCUCGCCGAAUUACAACAACGAUAGAAGACAAUGAUAAUAAACAUCGACCAAGACCAUCAUCGAUAGAAGAAAAUGAUGAUAAAUAUCGCCAACGAAGAUCAUCUAUAGAAGAAAAUGAUGAUAAACUUCGCCGAAGACCAUCGUCGAUAGAAGAAAAUUAUAAUAAACAUCGCCGAAGAACAUCGUCGGUAGAAGAAAAUGAUGAUAAACUUCGCCGAAGAACAUCGUCGACUGGAGGGAAAGAUGAAUCCACAGAAAAAAGUGAUGGGAAACCAAGCCCUCGCUCUACAGUUGAAGAUGACAGAAAAUUUCCAACAGUGAAACGUAUGCAUAAUGCCUGUUGUUCCCAUUGUGGCGACGCAGAUGGAGGCUCUACAAAAUCAAGACUUUUAGAAAACCACAUAUCAAUUACGUCACCGUCAAAUUCGAGUCUACCAUUUCAUGUGACAAACGUAACAAAGUACAUAGCAAUGCUCGAAGGAGAAAUUAAAAUUCGAAGAAAAGAUAACGCGUCGACAAGAAAAGGGGUCAACGAAUUCAUUGAAAGUUUAAAUAAAGCAAUGGACGGGAUUUCAAAUAUUCCCUUGAAGAUGCUCAAUUCUGGUUCUUACUAUGACAAAACAUCG